UGCUCGCCCAAUCAGAAGCGGUCUAAAACUUGUCGUGGAAAGGGGUGUCUUUUCGGAUCGUGUGUGUGUGUGUGUGUGUGUGUGUGUGUGUGUGUGUGUGUCUCUCACUCAUUGCGCUCUGGUCCAUUCUGUGGCCCCGGGUGGUGCUGGUGCCGCUGGAGCUCGCAGCGGGAGGCGCAUUGUCUGCAUGCAAACUGGACGACAUGGCCAUUGUGCGCGUUCGGGCAUAUAUGGAGGCGCCGGUGGCUCGGAGGAUACAGCCCGUCUGAAGUCUCAGGGAGAGUCGUUUCUCUCCUACGACCUCCCCGACGCCUCUGUCACAGCCGCUCCGCUCCGUCGCUAUGAGCUGCCUGGAUGUGAUGUACCACCAAAGCUAUGGAGCGCAUUACCUCCCCACCGCGGCGUACAAGGCGACGUACUACAACCACCAUCACCAGCAACAACAGAGGAAGCUGAGUGUUUACAGUAAGAUGCAGGAGUGUAUGGAGCAGCAGCAGCAGCAGCAGCAGCAGCAAGGGGCAGGCAGAGGGAUGCUGCCCCCGGAUCAGGGCCUCCGGCACGGCCCUGGAUGCGAGUCAGGAGGCCGCAGAUCCACAUCCAAUUCAGAGCUGAAGGACGGAGCUCAACCGGCAGAGGCCAAGUACCUGAGCUCCCGGUGUGUUUUGUUCACGUACUACCAAGGCGACAUCGGCGACGUGAUAGAUGAGCAUUUCUCCCGAGCUCUCAGUCAGUCCAGUGCCUUCAACAGCGAGACCAAGCCGAUCAGAGUGACUCAGCAGUCUGCAUCUCCCACCGCCGGUUUAUGGAAAGACGGUGGCGGUUCUCUCUCCGAGGGCCAGAGCAGCUCAGUUUGGAACAGCACCACCUAUCCAUCCCAGACCAGUCCGUGCCUCCCACCUGUCUCAGUCUCAGUCCACCCAGACUUUUCCCCCAGCCCUGUAUCCUUCAAUCACCCAGAUGGAGCUCUUUGGGCCGGACACGUGCUCUCCCAGGCCAGCCUCCCACCUCCGGCUGCUCUCCCCGAGAGCUGGACCUACAGCCUGAACACCCAGGGCACAAGUGGCUACCCAAAUGUCCACGACGUCUACCAUACCCACCCCCACGCCCAUAUCCACUCCCGGCACCACCACCCAAUGCUCCAUUCAUACCCAGCCCACAGCCCAGCACUGGAUCCCAGGUUCAAUCCUUUGCUUCUUCCUGGUGUGAGGAACCAGAACCAACCAGCCGCCAACCCAGGGAGUUCCCCACACAGUGAGGGGGUGAAGACAGAGAUGGAUCCCAGUAGCAUCAGUCCUGUAACAGCCACCUCUGUCACCUGGGCCCCCUCAGUCCUACACGGAUCUCUGGAGGCGUACGACUCAGCUCUUGAUCAGACCAAAGCAAAGACGUCAGUUUGGUUCUAACUGCUGUUCUGAAAAAAGACGGACGAAUCAGUUCACACCAAAAACGAACUGUUAUGUGGCUCAAUCAAUGUAUGGCUGCACUACACCAGCACUGUAUUGUAAAUGUAGAUUUAGAAUGCUAACUGAGUCCUGCACUGUCCACAAACCUUAUUAUGGAGACGAACUCAGGCUUUGGACUUUACUGACAGCGAUCUAAUGCUUUGGCUGCAGGUCAAGGCCUUUGAAGAAUGCAACAAAAAAAAAGAAAAACACUACCAGCUUUAAGGAUGGAAGACCUCCUCUUCUCUGUCAGCACAAAACUCUUUUUGAUGCAAUGUGAGACCAAGUGGUUCUGUUUCAAGAGCUUCAUUUUGAUCCACGUGUUGUUUUGUACAGUAAAAUGUUUGUAAAUCUUUUGUUCUUUUUUGUGUACAGUUUUGCCAUGCUACUUUGUUGUUGUUCGCUGGGUGAAAUAUGCCAAUUCGUUGCUACUUUUACUAUUUUGCCUUUGGGUUAUGUGGAGUGUAAAUAUUGGUAGUGAAAUAAAGUUGUUAAGCAUUUGAAGUUG